CCCCUUGCUACCUGUCAGCACAGGUAUUGCGGUUCUUGGGAAGCAGCAACAGCAGCAUCGGUGGCGCACUGAGGGGGAAGUUAUUUUUAAAUCUUUGGGCCAUGGCGGAGUCUCAGCUGGUGUGCAUGGAUGAUGAGCACGUUAACGAGAAGGUCCUGGAGUCCAAGCCGGAGUUUUACUACAGUGAGGAGCAGCGUGCGGCCCUGGAGCAGCUGCUGAGGAAUGGGGACGGAGCCUUCAAGAUGCGCCUCCAGGAGGACAACACCAAAGACUUCCUAUGCGCCCGGGAGGUCAAAGUUAUCCGCAAAACUUUCCACGAGUACGACACGGACAGCGACUCCGAGUCCGGGGAGCACGACAAGUCCAAGGGCUCCUCCAGCGCGGACUCCGGGGUCCACUCCACCUACUGGCCCCAGAUGUCCGACACAGAGGUCCCGACUCUGGACAUCGGUUGGCCCGGCAGCAGCGGCGUCUACAAGGGGGUGACCCGGGUGUCCGUGUACACCCACCCCCCCAAAGAGCAGGGACCGCACAUCAAGGCGGUGGUGAGGAGGCUCAUCCAGGAGUCACACAAGGUAGUGGCCAUCGUCAUGGACCUCCUCACGGACCUGCAGAUUCUCCAGGACCUGCUGGAUGCUUCGUCACGGCGUGGCGUGGCAGUUUACGUUGUGCUGGAGGCCAGGGGAGUGCCCCACUUUCUGGAUAUGUGCUCUCGGCUGCAGAUUAACGCGAUGCAUCUGCGGAAUCUACGUGUGCGGAUGCUAAAAGGUGCAGGGCUGGCCCUGUCCUUUGGAAAACUGCCAGGCUCCCUGUGCUCCAAAUACAUGCUGGUGGAUGGAGAGAAGGUCAUGUUCGGGUCUUACAGCUUCACUUGGAGUUCGUCCCGGCUGGACAGGAACAUAAUCACGGUGAUGUCGGGACACACUGUGGACUUCUUUGACAACGACUUCCGAGAGCUGUACGCAGUGUCUGAGCAGGUGGACCUGUACAGAGAAUUCAACAUCACUAAGCCGCCUCUUCCUACACCAGUCAUGAAGCCAAAGAUGCAGCACAUCCGGCCUCUGCCCAUCACUACAUCUCGCUUUCAGGUAUCGGUUGGGGACUCCAGGCAGAUUGACCUGAAAGUUCCUGCGCAUAAGUACCACAAUCCCAAGUACUCGCUGGUUUUCGGGAACAGUUUGGGUCUGACGGGUUCGCUACAGGACUUGUCGACUCAGAGGGACUCGCUAGUAGGUGGGUUGAACCAGAGGAACGGUCUGCAGAACGGCUUUCUCAAUGCAAACAAGGAAAAGUUGGACCGAGCCUCCCCACAGAGUCCGGGUUCACCUACAGAGGAGGAUGGAAAAGGAGGUCAGAAGAACCAGGCAGACGGACCCAAAAAGCGCAGCUCCUUCAGGCAUUUCUUGAAAGGCAGAGGAGCCAAUCACAGUACAGACACUAUCGAGGAAGGUGUGGUCACUCCUCAGAGCCCCUCUCCCACUAUCACAGCAGACUGUAAAGUCUCAGUGGCCAACAGGGUUGCAGGAAAUGAAUCCGACGACUCGUUUCAGUUCAUUGAGAAACCAGGACCACUGAAAACCAAAAUCAAGAAGCCGUCGAAGUUCAUUCAGAGGAGCGUGUCUAUGCAGACCAUCAGCACGGCAGACGAAGACGGGUUCAAAAGUCGCCGCCGGCAUCAGAAGAGGAACUGCAUCCAAUCAUGAGAAAAAACACGAGGAUAUUCGGACACUUUAGGGUCUGGUUGUUAAACCUGCUGCAGCGGGUGAGUCUCUGUAUCGCCUCACUGCAACCAGCUGACGUUUCUUCACGAAAAAUGAGUGCAGUUUGUCCCUCUGGACACGUAUGCUGCUUCAGGCUGAGCUGAAGGUCAACACUAGAGACACGCUGCAGCUGAACUCCCUCGAGACAUUUUCGGCCAAAGUGCUCGUGGGAGAUUUUAUUGCCACUAUUAAAUGUAUUUUCUACACUUUUUUGGUAUUAAGUUAUUUUACAACUAAAGUGUUUUCAUGUUUUACACUCGUGAACCUAAAGACUGAGAGAGCAGCCGAUGACUGAUCCAGGUGACAUGGAUGGAUUACAUAACACCUCUUAGGUAUUCUGGUCUCCAUGGGGACAGGAAAAGUGAUCAGACGUGGUGUUGUACCCGAGUGUAACCUUACUGAGGACCCUUGGCAACAGUGUUUAUGGGAGUGUGUUGUACAGACUGUGAAUAAUGUAUGAGGAACUGUGCGUCUGCACUUUGGGAUUUUGUUUUGAUACGCAGGUGAAACAGGUCGGAGAAUAAAAUGUGAAUCCUUGAGAACCACUUGAGACACAAAUGAUCUGAACUGUUGCAGAAAUGGAAUAAAAACAAAA